AUGGAUAACAGGCUAAACAGCAGAGAAGAUGCAUAUACCAGCCCUAGCUUCAACAGCUAUUCAUCCGAUAGAUUAGCCGAACUCGCCGUGCAAAUCUCCGCGGAGAAGAGCGGAGACGACAACGAAGAAAACGAAGAUUUCGAAUUCUCUCUGGUGCGCGAGGAUUUCAAGGAGUUUUCAGCCGAGGAUUUCGUCUACGACGGCAAGCUCGGCCCGAUCUUUCCGGUGUUCAACCGCGAUCUCCUGCUGCGCGACGGCGGCGGAGACGAUCAGUGCGAAUCGAGCAUUCAGGUUCCGCUGAGUCAGCUCCUCCUCGAAGAUCGCGGCAGCGGCAAUGAUAAUCCGCCGUCGUGCUCGUCGUCGGAAGCCGACGAGCUCGAGAGCGUUCCGGCCGGCACGUACUGCGUCUGGCGGCCGAAGGCGUCGGAUCUUCGGUCGCCGAGCCGGUGUAAGAAGAGCAAGUCCACUGGAUCCGCGUCGAAGCGGUGGAAGUUUCGCGAUUUGAUGCGGCGGAGCAAUAGCGACGGAAAGGACAGUUUGGUCUUUCUGACGCCGAAGAACAGAGAAGAGAAAUUGCCGGCGGAAAUUCCUAAAAAAUUGAAAGGAAAAGGAGGCUCCAGCUCCGGUGCGGCGGCGCGUUCGGCGCACGAAGCGCUGUAUGUACGGAACAGAGCGAUGAACGAAGUCGAUAGGAAGAAAUCGUAUCUACCUUACCGGCAAGAUCUGGUAGGAUUCUUCAUAAACGUCAACGCUCUGGGUAAAGGUUUGCCACACUUCUAG